GAAGAAGAAGAAGAAGAAGAAGAAUAACAAAAAAGAAAACAGAUAAUAAAGAAAAGGGACCCAACACUUUACUAAACAUACGGAUUCUUUAUCCUAAGUGUUUACUGAAUUAUUAUAUUAUAUGAUUUACACAGUUAGUUUUCUUUGGAUUAUAUCAUAUUAAAGAGAAUAAUACAAUAGAAAUAUAAUAAUAAUAUAUAAAAAUUAUAUACAUAAUAAUUAUCAAUGGCACGUGGAGCUGGUGGUUUAUUAGAUGGUGGAUUUGUAUUUAAAUUAGGCAGAUUAUUUAAAACUCCAUAUGGUGGAGAAGGUGUUGAUUUUAUUGAUCAAUUAAAUUAUCAAUUUACUGGUGGACUAAUGGUUAUAUUUAUAGCAAUUAUCAGUUUUCGACAAUAUGUUGGUAAACCAAUUCAAUGUUGGGUACCACAAGAAUUUACUAAGUCAUGGGAAGAAUAUGCUGAAAAUUUAUGUUGGGUAUCAAACACAUAUUUUUUAUUACCUAAUGAAGAAAUACCAACAGAUCAAGUAGAUUAUGAAAAAGUUAAAUUUAUUGGUUAUUAUCAAUGGGUUGCAAUAGUUUUAGCUGGUCAAGCUAUGAUGUCAUGGGUUCCACAUUUAUUAUGGCGUGUUGGUUCAAGACGUUUACCAUUAUUAUUAAAAUCAGCAAGAGAAGCCGCUAUACCAGAUCGUGAAUUACGUUUAAAAGCGGUAUCAUGUUUAGUAGCUACAUUAGAAGAACAAGCUGAAUCUCAAUCAAGAUUUCGACGAAUUAAAUCAAUAUUAACUCGUUGUUUAUGUGGUGUUACACCAAAUGCACGUUUAACUAUGUUAUUUUUAUUUGUAAGAGCAUUAUUUGUAGCUAAUUCAGUUGGACAAAUUUAUUUAAUGAAACGUUUUACCGGUUUUAAUAGUACCGUAUUUGGAUUAAGAUUAUUACAAGAUUUAUCAGCUGGUGUUGAAUGGGAACGAACUGGACAUUUUCCCCGUGUUACAUAUUGUACUAUAAAAGUUCGUAAAAUGGGUCAAACUAAACCAGCAAGCUAUACCCUACAAUGUGUUUUGCCAAUUAAUAAUUUCACAGAGAAAAUCUACGUAUUUCUAUGGUUUUGGUUUGCAAUACUUGGUUUAUUAACUACAUUGAAUACAUUACAAUGGGCAUUAAAUACAAUAUUACCAUCACGUCGUGUACGAUAUAUUAAACAAUAUUUAAAAGCAUUAAGACUUAUAUCUAGUACAGAAGAACGUGAUUGUGCACGUUUUGUAAAUAAUAAUUUAGGCGCUGAUGGUGUAUUUAUACUUCAUGUUGUUUCAAAAAUAGCUAGUGAUCUUAUUGCAUUAGAUGUAACAGCAACAUUAUGGAAAAAUUAUCGACAAGCUAAAAUUACAGGAACAGAAGAAGAUGUUAAUCGAUUACUUGAAACAGUGAAUCGUGGUUCUUCUGUUGUCUGACCAUAAUGUGGACGUCGAUUUGUUGAAUUAAUAUCAUAGACAUCAAUUUGAAAAAAUCAAUGAAUCAAUAUUAUCAUUAUUGAGGAAAAAAACAAACAAAAGUGAACAUAUACCUGAACACACGUACAUACAUAUGUUUAUCAAAAAAAAACAAUUCAAGUUUAUUAUUCUCAGUACUCAUUAGAUCGGCGUCCACAUUUAAAAAUAAAUAAACAAAUGAAACUCCAAAUAACAUUUUGAUUAUAUCUGUCUUUCCUAAUUCAUAGUUUAUUAUACGUGGCCAAUAUUAUUACUAAUAGAAUUAUACUACUUAUUAAUGUAAUAUGUAGUAUAUAUAUAUAUUGAAUAUUUUUUUGAGUAAUCCAUGAGAUUUAUUUACAAAAUCGACUAUAGAUUUUCAAAAUAUUAAUAUAUAUCUGAGGACCAAAUUCAAACCCCCUCUCAAU